UGCUUCUACCUGCCAGUGCACCCCAAGUUCUGGCUCCGCUGCGUGAAGGCCCAGCACCGGCACACGCCGGGCUGCACCGAGCAGCGCGGGGAUUGGCGCUGCCCGUUCGAGGGGUGCCUGCAGCUGUGGACCUGGGACACGGCCGGGAAGUUGCGGGCCAUCCUUGUGCCGGAGACGAACGCCCACGAUUCCCGCAUGCAGAUGAUGGUCAUCGGGGCCACGUCGCCGUCCCAGGAGCACACCAUCACUUUGCUCAAGACCGCGAGGCUGCUGGAGGCGGUGCAGCGCGCGGACGGGCCCAUUCAGCAGCUCGGCAAGCCGGCACUCGUGGCCGCCGUCAAGCAGCUGAACGAGGAGGCGUACGGGCGGGCGCUGGCGCCGGGGCUCGAGCUGCGCAACAAGCGGACGGACCCCGCGCUCAGCCUGGGCAACUGGGGCGCGACGUGCAAGGCCAUGCACUUGCCUCCAUCGACGCCAGUCAUGGACCCGGGCUACCUCCAGGAGGAGGUCAGGAAGGCGCGCUGGGACGCCAUCAGCACCCAGAACUCCAAGCGCGACGGCUACUUCAGCAAACUGUAG